CGUGACCCUCCCGCGCAUCAGCUGAUCCGAGAGGGCGGGAGGCGGGGCUGCUGGUGCUCCCGGUGAGUCCCGGCUCCAGCGGGAGAGUCCUCCCCCCCCCCGGCGCCCCCAGCUGCAGCCCAUCCGCGCUAGCCUCGCCUCUCUGCCCGCUGAGCUGCCCGGCCGGCGCCUUCGCCUCCUGCGCUCCGGAGAGUCCGCGGCCAGGCCGGACACCCCUUCCGGUAGCCGGCUCGGAGGGGUUCCGGGACUCCAGGGAACGGUGAGGAGCUGCAAUGGAUCCCCUCCUGGCACAGGUGGAGAAAGACUUGGGCAUCGCCCGCAGUCAGCUGCUGCUCAGGGGCUCCCACGUUGUUGCUCUCGUGCCCUUAAAAUGGCUGGCGAGCCUGAAGGAGCGGGGGGUGCUGCCUGUCUCGUGCCCACAGCCCGAAGGCCUCAGCGAGCUGGAGAUCCACGCCUGUCUCCAGCACUCGGUUCAGAAGCUGCCCGCAGGCUGGACCCGAGUGGAACUCCACGGACUGCAGAAAGUUUGGCUGCGCUACCAGCUGACCGCAAGUGCCAAUGCGCAGAAAGAGCCCACAGGAACCCCAGAGACCCUUCACGAGUUCAUGCGCAGGGUGGCUUCCCAGAACUGUAGGAAUCUCUGGAAACAAGCCCACCGCUUGUACGUCCAGCGCUACUACCCAGCCCCGGCUCCAGCCUCUGUCCAGGCCCUGGAGGGGCUCCGGGCGGCCCUCCAGAAGCUCUACUGCUGCCCGCUGGUCCACGUGGGGAGGGCCCUCUCUGGCUCCUCUCCUGCUAAAGAGGACAACGGCCCUUGCCACGCCCCCCCACGCUUCUCCAGCGUCCUGCAGGCGGAUGUCCUGGUGGAGUCCUCGGAGAUGCUCUUCCUGGUCUUCCCGUACGUCUGGUACUCCCUGCGUGACCUCAUCACCUUCAGCCCCGCCAAGCUGACAAACAGCCAUGCCAAACUGCUCUUCAUCCUCUUCCAGGUCUUGCUGGCCAUGCAAGCCUGCCAUGAGGCAGGCCUGGCAUGUGGCAUCUUCUCGCUAGAGGACGUGGCUGUGGAUGAGAAGCUGUGUUCCCGGCUCAGGGUCCCACUUCAAGGGUACGAGCAGCCGGGCAGAGAGAGGGCCGGGGAGGGAGGAGCCGCAGCAGUAGCUUCUAGCACUCCAGACCAAGUGUCAGCAGAGGGCCAGGGGACCAGGGGCCCCGCGGCUGAAGAAGGGGCUGGGUCCGUGCUAGACCUCGGGGAUCUGGUGCUGGACUGGGUGAAUGGCCGCCUCAGCAACUUUGACUACCUCAUGCACCUGAACCGAUUGGUGGGGCGGCGCCCGAGGGACCCCAACUAUCAUCCGGUGCUCCCUUGGGUGAUGGACUUCACCACCCCAGGAGGACAAUUCCGGGACCUGCGGAAGUCCAAGUUCCGCCUGAACAAGGGGGACAAGCAGUUGGACUUCACCUAUGAGAUGACCAAGCAGGCCUUUGUGGUGGGGGGAAGCGGCCUGAGUGGGGAGCAGCCUCACGUUCCUCAUCACAUCUCGGAUGUCCUCUCCGACAUCACCUAUUACGUCUACACAGCCCGGCGGACACCCAAGGCGGUGCUGUGCGCCCAUGUCCGGUCCCAGUGGGAGCCCAACGAAUACCCAGCCAACCUGGAGCGCAUGCAGGCUUGGACCCCUGAUGAGUGCAUCCCCGAGUUCUACUCGGACCCCACCAUCUUCAAGUCCAUCCACCCUGACAUGCCGGAUCUGGAGGUGCCGCCCUGGUACAGCUCCUGCGAAGAGUUUGUUGCUGCCCACCGGACCCUACUAGAGAGCCCAGAGGUCUCUCGGGACCUGCACCACUGGAUCGACCUCACCUUUGGCUACAAGCUGCUGGGUAAGGAGGCGGUCAAGGAGAAGAACGUCUGCCUGCAUCUGGUGGACAACCACACCCACCUCACCAGCUACGGAGUGGUGCAACUCUUCGAUCAGCCCCACCCCCGGCGGCUGGUGGGGGCCACCCUUCUGCCUACGGAGGCCCCUCUCUUCGCCCGACCCCUCAUCCCCGCAGUCCAGGAGACACGAGUGCUGGAGACCCCCAAGUGGAGACAUGCGACUGCUGGGCUGGUCAUUGAUGCAGCUGCCUGCGAAAGCCAGUUCGGGCCGAGCCUGGGAGAGGAGGUGGAGCAGGGGGCAGAGGCCCUGGAAUCUACCCCGGUGCCUGGCAGAGGCUCGGAGCUGCCCGGUCCUCCCGCCCAGGGUCCCGGCUUCCCUGUAGACAGCAGGCCUCUCGGCUGGAGGACCAAGGCCGCUGGCCCCCUCCUCCAGGGGGAAGGGGUGGAGGAGAAGCUGGUCCUCCCAGAGGGCCACAAGCUGCUCCAGGCUUUGGAGGAGCUGGAGAAGCUGGAUGCUUUCCUGCUGAAGGCUGCGCACGGGGCGGUGGGCCGGCUGGAGCAACCCCCCUUGCCGCCCCCAGUGGCUCUCUCGGACCUUUUCCAGAGGGACAUGCAGGUGCUGGGGGUGCUAGUGGGUGAGAUCCUCUUUGCCCCCAAGCUGCGCACCUCCAAGCCGACGGCCUCACUGCAGGAGCGCUUCCAGACUGUCCGGAGGCUCUGCUGGCUUCAUCCCAAGGAGGUUCCCCCUCCACUGCAGCAUCUGCUGGAGGUGCUGCUGCGGCUGAAGGUCCCUGACCCCCAGCUUUUCGGGGAGGAGGGGAGCAGCAGGGGGCCCCAGCUCUUCGCCUACAAGCCCGUCUGGCAAGGCCUGCCCCCGCCAUGCCCCUGGCAGCUGCUGAGCCCCUACAGCGGGGUCCUGCCCUUCCCGGCGUACUUCCCUGCCUUGCACAGGUUCAUCCUGACCUACCUCUCCCAAGAGGCCGGGGACGAGGGGCAGGGCCGCGAGCUGGUCUUCCAGCUGUGGCAGCAGCUGGACGGGGUGCUGAGCGGCAUCACUCCCGAAGGCCUGGAGAUCCUGCUGCCCUUCAUCCUAGCUCUGCUGUCUGAGCAGAGGACGGCUGUCCACGCCGCCUGGUAUCUCUUUGAGCCCAUCGCCAGAGCCCUGGGCCCCAAGAACACCAACAAGUAUCUGCUCAAGCUCCUGAUCGGUGCCUACGAGAGCCCCCGGGGCCUGCAUGGCCGCUUCUACCUCUACACGGACUGCUUCGUGGCCCAGCUGAUGGCCCGGCUGGGGCUGCAGCCCUUCCUCGCCCACCUGCUGCCUCACCUCCUGCAGGUGCUGGGGGGUGCAGAGGGCUCCUUCCAGGAGGAGAACAAGGCUUUGAUGCUGAGCGCGGCGGAGGAGGACGGCGAGGAGAGCGGCAGGAGCAGCCCGGACUCUCGCUCCUUUGGGGAGGAGGCCAAGGGGGACGCCGGCCUGGAGCUGGUGAACUACAUGUCCGGCAUCAGCCUACACGACCAGGCCUACCCGCCAGAGAGCGAGGAGCUUCCAAACGGCCUCUACCUGGCCGAGGCCCUGAGCCUGGGCCAGCUGAGCGACAAGGAUGAUGCCGGCAAGGAACUCCUGGCAGAGGACCUACAAGAUAAAGCUCCCGGCCUUCAGUGCCUGGACGGCAGCCGUGACCCGAAGCACAGCGAGGAGGAGGAGGAGGAGGAAGAGGACGGGGAAGAAGGCCGCAAGGAGGCUGCUUUGACCGCAGAAGAGCCAGCUCUCUCAGGAGCUGCUGGCCACUCUGCAGAGGCCACUCUGGCUGAGGAAGAUGGGCAGGCAGAGCCUGGGGAAAGCCGGCAAGAUCUGCUGGACCAGGAUGUGGACAAAGAGCAGAGUAUCCUGCUAGACACAGCCUGCAAGAUGGUGCGGUGGCUCUCGGCCAAGCUGGGCCCCACCACCGCCUGCCGGUACGUCGCCAGGAACCUCCUCCGGCUGCUGGCCUCCUGCUAUCUGGGUGCAAGCAGGCAGCAGUUUGUGGCUGGGUCCGAAGAGGGUGGCCCUCCGAACGCUGGGAACCUGGAGCAGAGGCGGCCCGUGGCGGGCGACAUGGUCUCCGAGCCGGUGCUCACCUGCCUGGUCCACAUAGCACACCUCUACGGGGAGCCGGUCCUCACCUACCUCUACCUGCCUUACAUCAGCUACCUGGUUGCUCCUGGCAGUGGGACGGCAGCCAGCCGCCUGAACAGCCGCAAGGAAGCUGGGCUCUUGGCAGCCGUGGCGCUCGGCCAGAAGAUCGUGGUCUACCUGUCGGACAGCACCCUGAUGGACAUCCUCCCCAGGAUCGGCCAGGAGGUCCUGCUCCCCCUUCUGGGCUUCCUCACCUCACCCACCCUCAGUUUCCCCAGUGGGGCCCAGGGCCGCGUCGUCUUGUGCCUCAAAACCAUCCGGCUGAUGGUGCUGGUUUGCUUACGGAUCGGACCCGAGAUGGCUCAGCAGCACCUGCGCGACGCCCUCCGGGCCUUCUUCCGGAGCUUCUCCUCCCUGCCCUCGGAGUCCGGCCAGCCGCCGUCUCCAGACCCCUCGGCUCUUCUGGAGCUCCAGAAGGUCUUCAGCCCAGAAAUGGCCUACGUUGCCUUCGUGCCCUUCUCUUCUCUGCUGGGUGACGCCUUCCACACGAUUGUGCCCAACCACGCCUCCGUCAGGCAGCUGGCCAGCCUUCACCUGGAGCAGGCUACUCCCUUGUCCGAAAGGCAGGCUGGGCCGGGCCAGGCCCCCUCGGAGCAGGAGGCGCUGGGAGCCAAGCCCCCCUCCGCCCUGCCCGAGGACCCGCGUUCGGGCACCUUCGGGGGCGUGCUGGUGGGCAACCGCAUCCAGGUGCCCCCCGAAGGCCAGCAGGAGUUCUCGAGCGGGGCCAGGGGCAGCCUGCUCCCCAAGCUGGGGGGCCAGGAGGGGGAGACGCUCAAGCGGGAGCUGCGUUCCAGUGCCCGCCUCCUCUCGGGCAACUGGUUGGCUUACUGGCAGUACGAGAUCGGGGUCGGGCAGCACGACCCCCCCUUCCACUUCCACCAGAUCAGGCUGCAGAGCUUCGUGGGCCACGGGGGGGCCGUCAAGUGCCUGGCCCCCCUGAGCGGGGAGGACUUCUUCCUGAGCGGCAGCAAGGACAAGACCGUGCGCCUCUGGCCCCUCUACAACCGGGGGGACGGCACCCACGAGACCGAGCCCCGGCUGACCUACGACCGGCACAAGAAGUCCGUCUUCUACGUCGGCCUGCUGGAGGCCCCGCAGCACGUGGUCAGCUGCGACGGCACCAUCCACAUCUGGGACGUCCCCACUGGAAAAGGGGUGCGUAGCUUUGAGGCGCUGGACUCCAAGGCCCCCAUCACGGCCCUCUGCCCCAUGCCCGCCCCCUACGGCAGCAUCAGCAUCGCCAGUGCGGACUCGGUGCUCCGCUUCAUCGACCACCGGAAGCCAGGCUGGCAGCAGGAAUUCCGGCUGGCCAGCGGACCCAACGCCGGCCUCAUCCGCUGCCUGGCUGUCAGUCCCAGCGGGCGCAGCGUGGCAGCCGGCUUCUCCUCCGGCUUCAUGGUCCUUCUGGACACCCGAACGGGCCUGAUCCAGAAGGCUUGGUCAGCCCACGAGGGAGACAUCCUUCAGGUCAAGGCCACGGAGGGCAACAUUCUGGUCAGCUCCUCCUCCGACCACUCGCUGACCAUCUGGAAAGACCUGGAGCCGAAGCCCCUGCAGAUGUACAAGUCGUCCUCGGAGCCCGUCCACACCUUCGACCUCUACGGCAAUGAGGUGGUGGCCGGCACGGUGGCCAACAAGAUCAGUGUCUACGCUUUCCAGGGUCCCUCGGCCCCCGGGACCACCAAGCUGAGCUCCGAGAACUUCCGAGGGACCCUCACCAGCUUGGCUCUCCUUCCCACCAAAUGCCAGCUGCUGCUGGGUUCGGACAAUGGCACUGUCCGGCUGCUGGCCUAGCCCCUGCUUCUGGACGGGGACAGUUGUGGCUGGCCAAAAGCCUGGGGGGGGGGAACCGGAAGGUCGGGGGCGACCCUCCCCCCCCAUAGUCCUGCUGCAGGGCAGCCCAAGAAACGCCAAGCCUUAUGUGCCUGAUGCUCCCUGGGGACCGGCAGAGAUGUCCCCGGAUGCCUGGGGGUGUCUGUGUGCCCUUCCCCCCUAACGUGGGGGCUAGCAGGAGGAGGGAGGGAAUAGCAGCGGAUUCCACAGCCUUUGUGGGGGGGGGGGCAGGACUGUCAGGCUGGGCUCCUCCCUUCACUGCUUUCUCUCCCCUGAUCCAGUCCAGCACUUUCCCUCCCUCCCCUGGAACUGGGAUUGUGGGGGCAGACACGGGGGGGGGGGGGAGGUGUUCUCACUGUUGAUUGAACCAAUUGCAAGAAAUAAACGUCCUGAGAAGCUGAGAUCCUCAAUGACAUUUUGCUGAGGAGGAGGGGAAGCCCCCCCCCCAAUCUCAGUUGGAGGAGGCAUCCUCCCCGUCCUCCAAAGAGCAAAGGAGAGGCGGAUGCGGUAGCGCCUCUUCCCUCCCCCGACUGGGACUCGGAUUCGAGGACGCGCGACAGGCCUUUUCUCCAGAGACCCCAUGGAAAGGGCCCCGCUGUGGGUCUGCCACGGGGGAGGUCAGCCUGGCCUCGAUUCCAGCCCUGGGACUGCCGUUGCCAGGGGUCUGAGAAGAGGGACGCCCCAGCAGCAGCCCCCUUUCCCCCCCCCAGUCUCCUGGUCAGAGUCCGGUCACUUCAGCAGUCGGUGGGUCCAGCAGCUCUGCGGCCUCCGAGGCUCAGGCGGUCACUCGGUUUGCGACAGAGUCAGUGAGGAACCCGGACGAUUCCUUUGUAGCAGCUGCUGUGAUUCGCUUAAGGGCAAAAAAGGUGGUAAAACAGGGGGCCACGAUUCACUUAACGAUUCUGUUCCCGACGACCAAGUCAAGAACUGCCUGUAGACGGACGUGGGCCAAUCCCACCAAGGAGGAGAAGCCCCUGGUUACGUGCUGGACACGAGAGCCCCACAGGGACGCUGUGCGGGGCUCCUGCCCUCCCCUCCCCUGGGGGUUGGAGUGGCUGGCUUUUAAGGGACAUUUUUCCCCCAAGUGAGCCCGGUCCUGCCUUCUCAACACCCCCCCCCCCCGAAACCUCCCUCUCCACUCUUGACAAAGCACGGGAGGGGGAGGGGCUGUGGCUGCCUGGAGAGGGGAGAGGGAGGGUGGGGGCCGUUGGGCGGAGGGGGGCUUUCUCCCCACUUGUUCAGAGGAGCGCAUGGGGGGGGGCUAAGCUGCCAAGAGCAGGUGGGGGGGGUCUGGGCCCCCUCCCCAGAGAGGCUGCUUCCUCUAGGGCACAGAGGCCUGUCUCCGCCCA